UUCUCUCUCUCUCUCUUCUCCUCUUUGCCUUUUGGGGGCUGCUCCAACUCCCUCUUGAUUGCAAAGAUCGCGACGCAGAGAGAGAGAGAGAGAGCUUGGUAUGGGGUGCUUCAGAUGCAGUGGGAAAUCAGUGAAGGACCCAGAGGCCGUGCGCAGGCGCCGCAGCAGCAGCAGCACCACCACCACCGCCGCCGCCACCAGCAGCAACAAGAACAACGGCAGCAGCGACAGCGACAACCAUCAUCAUUGCUUUGCGAAGGAAGCGGAAGAUCGAGCUGCUCCGGAGACUGCGAAGGUCGAUGCUUGCGGAAAUGCGGAAGAAUCCGAGGUAGAGAGACACGAGGUUGCGAGAGACGAUGACCAACUGAAUAUAGAUGUGCGGGCUCAGACGUUCACGUUCGAUCAACUUGCGGCUGCCACGGGCAAUUUCAGAUCGGAUUGUUUUGUGGGUGAAGGUGGCUUUGGCAAAGUGUAUAAGGGGCAUAUAGAGGGAACUGACCAGGCAGUAGCAAUCAAGCAACUUGAUCGUAAUGGACUUCAAGGAACAAAGGAGUUUAUUGUCGAAGUAACGAUGCUAAGUCUGGUUGAUCACCCUAAUCUUGUGAAAUUAAUUGGCUUUUGUGCAGAGAGAGAUCAGAAACUGUUGGUGUACGAAUAUAUGCCGUUAGGAUCACUAGAAACCCAUCUGCAUGACCUUCCGUCAACUAGAAAAGGACUUGACUGGAAUUCACGAAUGAAAAUAGCAGCUGGAGCAGCAAAAGGUCUCGAGUAUUUGCACGACAAAUUGAAGCCUCCUAUUAUAUACCGUGAUUUGAAAUGCUCAAAUAUUUUACUCGGCGAUGGAUAUCACCCUAAGCUAUCUGAUUUUGGCUUAGCCAAGGUGGGUCCAAGUGGGGAUAGGACCCACGUGUCAACCAGGGUUAUGGGUACCUAUGGUUACUGUGCACCAGAUUACGCAAUGACAGGCCAGUUAACAUUCAAAUCAGAUAUCUACAGCUUUGGAGUUGUUCUUCUGGAGCUGAUAACAGGAAGAAAAGCGUUUGAUCAACUGAAAGAGUCCAAGGACCAGUACCUUGUCGCUUGGGCACGCCCCCUUUUCCGGGAUAGGAAAAAAUUCUCCCAGAUGGCUGACCCAACACUUGAAGGCCGGUAUCCUGGAAGAGGCUUGUACCAAGCGCUAGCCAUUGCUGCGAUGUGCGUUCAAGAGGAACCCUCCAUGAGGCCGGUCAUAGGUGAUGUGGUCAUUGCGCUGAAUUACCUUGCCUCUCAGAAGUACGAACCGAGUACCCAGCCUGCUCAAAGCUCGGGGAAGGCAGCCGGCGGAUCUUCUUCUAGAACGAGAAGGGAGGACAGAUUAAGUGCCGAUGACGAUUCGGUCUUUUCAUCUUAUGGAUACCAAAACUAGGAAGACCGCAUGACUUUUGGCGUUGUUCAUAUAAGAAAAUGCCGACUUGUCGGUCUUCAUGUGGCACACAUGUUAGGUUUGAUGCUUCAUCCUCGACUUCAAUACAGGUAACUCUUUACCUUCCGAACCCCACUUCAUCCCCCGUGUACAUGCGAGCUGAGUUUUGUAUGUAAGUAAAGAUGCCUCUGUGAAGAAACUAGCUGUCUGUACCCUUCCAUUUAGUGGAAAAAAAAGCCUCUGCGCUAUUCUUUCCUUA